AUGUUCGGAGUAUUCGCUCGUUUGACUGUUGCUAUCACCAUUAUGGCUAUCCUGCUCUGUAUGGUGGGUGAAGCUAAGGCAAAUUACAAAAAUGCUCCCAUGAAUGGUAUCAUGUUCGGGAAGAGAGGACCCACUGAAUAUGAUACUCGGGGAAAAACCUUCACUGCACUCUGUGAAAUCGCCACAGAAGCCUGUCAGACCUGGUUUCCAUCACCAGAAAAUAAGUAA